ACACGCAUGACUUAACGUCGUGAAAACUGAUGCGAAUCUCCCUGUUGCAACAAUUCACGGUUACCUAUCGUUUUGUUAAAUUAAGUUUUCCUUGCAGGAUUAAUCCGAAAAUGGGAAUUUGUGAUAAGAUCACGCUUGAGGUUGCACAGAAGACUCUUGACACUAUUCGAGAAAGACUUGACACCAAAGAGUUCAGGUUUGAAAUCAUCACACCAGAACAAUACGAGGAAGCGUAUGACGUCAUGGGUAACCAUUUUGUUCCAGACGAACCGAUCAGCAAAUCCAUUGGUGUCGUUUGGGAUGAAGACUUUGAAAAACUUACUUACAUGAAUUUAAUCGACAAUAUCUCGUUGGCGGCGAUUUCAAGAGAAAGUGACGAAAUGAUGGGCGUACGAAUUUCGGGUUUCUGGAGAAGAUCUGAUGGACUAACGGACUUAUCCUGGAUGAAAGAGGGAGGCGACACAAAGAACCUGUUCACGUUUAUAACUCACAGGGAAGCCGAACUGGAUUUCUUCAAUCGUUACAACGUCGAGGAGGCGUUUCAUUUCUAUUGUCUGGGGGUAAGAAGAAACUAUCGCCAUCAUCAUGUCGGUGAACAUUUGCUACAGGGAGCAACGGAAUUCGCGAAGGCGUUGGGAUUUCCAGCGGUUAAAGGAGAAGGAACUGGCCCCUAUUCCCAACGCAUCUACGAGCACAGUGGGUUUGAAAUUGCCAUGACUAUGCCAUAUGAUAGGUACUUUGUAAACGGGCGCGCGAUCGCUGAAGGCACUGGUGACAUUAAGAUGACCAAAGUCUAUGUCAAGAAAUUCUGAGUGCAUGUUUUAAAUUAACUCAUAUUCUAUAAUGUAGGCAUCAAUAGAAUCCAAGACAAGUGUAUUAGUUAUUUUACGGGUCUUAUAUAUCCAGGUACAUAUGCAAUUUUUGUAUACUUUAUUAAUAAAAACUAUGCUUUAAAGGGAACUAUUUUUCCUUUUGCUCGAAUGGAAAUGAACUUAAAAUCUUCAAAUGUGUUCCAUAGACAAUUAUUUGAAUCAUGAAACAAAACAAGAUCACCACAAAGCGCACGAAAACCUUGUUUUUUUAUAAAAAGGGACAUUACUCGACUUUUAAUGAAACAAUAGUUACUGACCAUGCUUUACAUAUGCGUGAUAGCUAUGACAACAUGUAUACCACGUUUCAUUUGGUUGUUAACAGUAUUUUUAUUUAUGGCCAUGGUUAACGGUUUUGAACUACGAGGACGCUGCCGACCCUUACAACGAGACUAUCGCAAUUCCUCGACUUCUGUAAUUAAAAGACAGA